UCCCGCGUUGCUGUGGAAACCACCCGCCGGCUCGCGCCCGCUCAAAAUGGCGAAAGACCUGGAUGCGCUCCUGGAUGAAGUCGAGAGCAAAUUCUGCAGCCCCGACCCCCUGAGGCUGGGCCUGGGCGAGCGGCCCCCCAGCGGCGACGGGAACGGAGCCGAGGCGGAGGAGGAUCCCAGGUCAGCAGAAACGUGUCAAAAAGAAGAUGACCUUGACAGUCUUAUUAAUGAGAUAUUUGAGGAGCCAAACUUUGAGAAAAAACCUUGUCAAAAAUUUAAAUCUAAAUCUUCAAGUAACACAUCUGUCAGAGCUUCCAUUCAAGGCCUCAGUAAGAGUUGCAGUCCGGUGUAUCUCAGUGGAAGCGCCAUUCCAUGUGGGAUUGGAACAAACACCUCGCCGAGAGCAUGUGACCAGCUGCGUUGUAUAGCCUGUGAUUUCCGGAUAGUGAGCUACACUGACUAUAUGUGGGACAAAUCAUGUGAUUACCUGUUCUUCAGGAACAACAUGCCGGAAUUCCACAAACUGAAAGCAAAGUUGGUCCAGAAGAAAGGAGCCCGGGCGUAUGCUUGCCAGUGUAGCUGGAGGACUAUUGAGGAGCUGACGGACCUGCAGACAGAGCAUCAGCUCCGCUGGGUUUGUGGUAAACACUGAGGGCGCAGGCCGUCCACCUUCCAACAACGGCAUUUCUGAGAGCACGUUCUGCUCACCGGAAAAUGUCCCGGGACACCGUGACAGUCCUCCUUUUGGCACAGGCAUCUUACUUAGUAGGUUAAAAUAUCCGAAUUUACUAGCCUAUCUCCUGCUAGAGAUUUAAAUUGUGGCAGUUUGUGUAAAUCUGCAGCCUUUCCGUCGCAGCUGCAGCAGUAGCUGCUCACGCUCUCUAGUGCAUUCUCGUGUCAUGUGACAGACACCCGCUGGCCAGGGCAGAGAGGUCACUGUCGCACCAUGAGUUCAACCUGAGAGAGGAGAGAUGGCCACUGAUGCACUAAGGGUUGUCGAGGGCGCAGUGCGUUGUGAGCCCCUCCACCGUAUGUGCCUCAUGGUGUCUCUCAGUUCAGUGUUAUGCACAAUAGUGACAGGAAUAGUAACGUCUCCAUUGUAGUAUAGUCCCCUCCUGUGCUCAUUGAAAUAUCAAGUUAGUUUUAUAUUAGUAAGUAUCUAUUUAUAUAUAAAAGAUUUUCGGUGUAUCUAAAAUGACUAAAGUCCUUCAAAUAAGUAGGACUGUUGUUGGGUUUUUCAGUUAAACUCCAUAAUUCCAUCAAAUAAACAGCAACCUUUUCAGGCAACCUGUGGACUUUUCUAGUACGAUCAGGUUGAUACAUUAUUGAAGCAUAGCUAACCAGUGUAGCCUGUUGGGCUCCUGCUUGGCCACACCGAGAGGGGAGGAACUGUAUCAUCACUGCAACAUGUUCAAGAAAUACAGUAUGUCUGUUUUGUUUCCCAGCCCCAAAGACAUUUCAGGGCCUUUCCAGUCUGCCAAAAUUCAACUGUGUGCCUGCUCCCCAUAUGUCUGUUAUCUGGUGUAGGUGUGUGACACAGGGCACUCUGAAGGAUGUAAACUGUAGCACAGAUCUGAGCUGCUUGGUUUUACGUUAGCUCUGUUCCAGCCACCUAGCACCCUCUAUGCUAAAAGGCUAUGCCCAGGCUGGGGUCUGGCUCAGUAAGAGUCGUUCCCAGCAGUACAAAACGAGAGAAAGAAAAGCAAGCUUUUCCUGACCAUGACACACUUAUGCACUUGUAAAUAAUUCUAGUUGCAACAAAAGAAGUCUCAAUGGCUGAUGCCCACAUUUUUGUAUCAAGAUAUAUUUACAAUUUUUAUCUUUAAAUCUUUUUAUUCCUCAAAAAUAUAUCUCUAAUUAUGUAAUAAACAUGGAAAUUUUGAUUGACAGCAUAUAUCCCCCCCAUGCACGUAUGCACUCAGACUCGUGAAGGUUGAGCACAGUGGUGCACACUUGUAAGCCCAGCACCUGAGAGACUGAGGCAAGAGGGUGUGAGUUCACGGCCAGCCUGGCCUACAGAGACACUGCUCCCCAAGACUGCACUGUGUCACUCACACGAGUUCACGGCCAGCCUGGCCUACAGAGUGAGACACUGCUCCCCAGGACUGCACUGUGUCUGUCACCUCACGAUCUUCAGUGUCUCGUAGAGACCUCACGGCGUCUGUCUUCGGGUUUGUGCCACAUUUAAAAGACCACAUUGGUCUGAAGGUGGGGAGGGGACCGAGACAGAAUAAAGGAAUACACAUGACAUGAAAGCAGAAA